AUGCAAAACAUGAGGGUUGAUUGUGAGAGGCUGGCCGACGAGGAGCUCCGCCGGAGGUUCCGUUUGGCGAUCCCACACGCCGGACCAGACCCUACCUAUAUCCUCCGAUCGUUAGAGCCCCAACAGCAACAAGAGAAGGAGCAGACGCCGCCUCAGCGACUUUCUCGAGAGCAACAGCAGCAAAAUCUUAUAUUGUCGUCGACACUUUCGGGAGGCAUUCCCUCCGAGGGGAAUGGAGGACUGUUGAAGACUGUCAUCAUUGAAGGCGAACGGGGGCAGCAAUCUCAAGCGGAGGGGAAGGAGAGGGAAGGGUACUCGGAGCCCCCGUACAUCACGAGGCAGCGAUGUCUCGUCCUAAACGACUGGGCUUUGAGCUUGUUCGAGGUCGGGGAGUACGAAAAGGCGGUUUAUGCGCUUGACCUAGCGAUAGACGGUGAUCGGGCGUCUGCCUUGGCAACAGGCGGGGCGAUGGAGUCGAAGUUUUUCUUAAACAGGCAAGGUGGCCACAGCCUCUUCAACGACGGGAAUUUUCUGGAGGCCAAAAGUGAGCUCGAUACGGCCAUCGCCUACAAUUGGAAGGUCGAUGACGACACCAAGACCUGCUGCAUGUUGGAGCUCGUGCACAGUUUGCUACCAGAAGCGCAAAAACCAGCUUGCACGUAUUAA